UAAGAAACGAGUUAGAAGAAGACGGAGGAAAGGUGGACGCGCCGAAGAUUUAGUGGGGAGCGUCAUAUGCCCGUCUUUUUUUAAACUAGACCUGUAGCUAUAUUUAUAUCUUCCAUGCUGGUUAUUCAACGAUCUCUUCGCAAAUCGGCGUCGCUUGUGGAAGCUCGGGAACAAGCGCACCAACACAACCGCCGUUGUCUGUCAUGCGUAGCUGAAGGGAAGGCUAAGAAAGCUGCCAGUGCCCCGGCAGCACGCAGAAGCGAGACCACUAAGCUCCACUACUCCCCGGGCUCCGGAGACAUAUUUCUACAAGGCAAAUCCGUUCUCCUACAACAUCGCCUGUCUUCCAAGGCGCACAUCGUCCUUCCAUCAAACCCUGUUACAUCACUAUGCGAUAACAAGCCUUCGAAGAGUUUCGCGUUCCCUUCGCCACGCCGCGAAAAGCACGUUCGGAAGAAGAAACAUAAUAGCGAAACGAAGACAAGACCGCCCUCGCAGAAAUCGCGACACGAUAUCGCCAGUCAAGAAACUGUUCAGCAGCCGAGAAAACGCAAAGCAAGAACCCCUCUUCUCAUGAGCACAAUGAGUUUACCGAACGAAAACCUUGCCACUUUGACGUCGAAAGAAGCCUCUAAACGCCAUCUGAAUAGGGAAGACGCUCAAGCUACAUUGGAAAGGCUUCUCGCCACUCGAAAUCAUCAGUUACCCUCCACAUCCACAAGCAAGCCGCUCAGUUCCGCCGCAGACGCGACGCUUCGAUCAGAGGAGAAAUCCGCCUACCUGCAGGAUUCUUACGAUUACUUUCAACGCCAUCUACAGAAUUUAAACAGCGUAAUUCACAGUUUCAACCAACAGGAAAUUAACGAGACAUCACAAAGCAGCCAGAAGCAGAAGAAAAGAGUUGACAUUUACCAAAACUACUGUGGUGACGACGCAUGCGUGAAAAACAAAUUAGAAGGGUUCCAGUUGCAGACAAACGACAGUGCACGUGCGAGUGAUUCUUCUACCCAGCGCAGCUCGAAAUGUGACGAGUACUGUUCAAAUUAUUCCGUACGGCGUCAAUCAGAGAAGAGUUUUUCUGUACAAAAAGACAGUAGUGGUAUAGAUUCGCAAUUUCAAGAUAUCCAUUUGGAGGAGGUGGAACCAGCAAUAAACAAGCCAGUCAUCACUCUGAAUCACGUCACCGAGAGUUUUUCAGCCGAAAGGUACGAGGUGUCGGUGGUUCGACCUACCCGCAGCCCGUCUCCUCUCCUGGAAGUGCCGCAAACAAUUUUGAACUGGUUAAUUCAUUUUUUGAUUGCUAUCUUGGCUGACAUGUUAAAUAAAAGUCAUUGGAAUAAGGUAUGUUUUUAGACAUUGUCAGUUUGCAGCACAUUUUAUGUUAUUAUAUUCCUAGUUUUGACA